CGGGGCCCGGCCCGCUCCAGACCCGGACCCGCGGGGCGCGGCACCCUGAACCUCCCCUACCCGCCCCCCUGCCCUGGCCAUGGCUGCCCACCGUGCUGCUGCUCCCGGACCGCCAGCCCUCUCGGCUCCGCGAGUCCCGGAAUCCCGGCGGUGGCAGCAGUGAACGGCGCUUGCAGGCCCCGGAGACCCCGGCUGGGCUCGGCUCUCCAGCGCGCGCCCCCUUCCCGGCCUUGUCCUUACCCCUCCCCCCGCCGCCCGACAGCCCCCCUCGCACGCCGCCCCCCGUCCCCCGGCGCCCGGACGAUGCUCAAGUCUCGGCUCCGCAUGUUCCUGAACGAGCUGAAGCUGUUGGUGCUGACGGGCGGGGGGCGGCCCCGGCAGGGGGAGCUCCUGAGCCCCUGCCGCUGUGAUGGCUCAGUGCGAUGCACACACCAGCCCUGCCUCAUCCGCUGGAUCAGUGAGAGGGGUUCCUGGAGCUGUGAACUCUGCUACUUCAAGUACCAAGUCCUGGCGAUCAGCACCAAGAACCCCCUGCAGUGGCAGGCCAUCUCCCUAACUGUCAUCGAGAAGGUCCAGAUUGCUGCCAUAGUUCUGGGUUCGCUCUUCCUUGUCGCCAGCAUCUCCUGGCUCAUCUGGUCCUCACUCAGCCCUUCAGCCAAGUGGCAACGGCAGGAUCUGCUCUUUCAAAUCUGCUAUGGCAUGUAUGGCUUCAUGGAUGUUGUCUGCAUAGGCCUCAUCGUCCAUGAAGGUUCUUCUGUCUAUCGCAUCUUCAAGCGCUGGCAGGCAGUAAACCAGCAGUGGAAGGUCUUAAAUUAUGACAAGACAAAGGACAUAGGAGGAGAUGCAGGGGGAGGGACGGCAGGAAAGCCAGGCCCCAGGACCUCACGGACGGGCCCCCCUGCUGGGGCUACCAGCCGUCCCCCUGCUGCCCAGCGCAUGCGGACGCUCUUGCCUCAGCGCUGUGGUUACACGAUCCUGCACCUCCUUGGACAGCUGCGGCCACCAGAUGCCCGUUCCAGCUCUCACUCUGGCCGAGAGGUUGUCAUGAGGGUCACCACAGUCUGACCUGGACUCCAGGAGCAGGGAUCUUAAGUCAAUGCAUCAGCCAGAGAUGAGCUCUCAUGGCUGCUGGAGGUAUCACCCGGGCAAGGUGUUUGGGGCUUAGUACCCUCACCAUUGAGGAGCUCAGUGGGCAGCCUCAAGCUGGAGACAUUGUCUGGCCUCUACUGCCUGCUGGGUAGACACCUGGAUGACAUUCCAGCCCUCAUUGACAGCUCCUCACACUCAUCCUGAGACAGCCAGUGUGCAAGUGGAGAGAGCAUCUUUUCUUCCUGGAGAGAACCGUCUUUACCUCAGCUCCUAGGGCCUCCAGCCCCCUGGCUCUACCACAGUGACUUGGCAAAGGGGGACCAAUGCCAGAAGAAAGGGGCUGUAGACCCCCAUUCCCCACCCCAUGGCCAUAGGGCAUCUGGCAAUAAGACUAGUAUACAUUGACCUCCCGUUCCCUGCAUGAGGGCGGGGGACUUCCCCCUGCUCCAUCCCCCAUUGCAUGGGGGAAGGGCAUAAAGAAUCAUUUAUAUGCA